AAUUCAGAUUAUUUAGAUUCUGAAGCUAAUAAUAAAAAAAUGGCGGACCUUUCGAUAUUUUUCUCCAAGUCUGGAAUAACAAAACUCGUCGAAUUGUUGUUCCUGAUCGUGGCAAUGGCUACAUUCUUCUCACUGCACGUAGUAAGACCAGGAAAUACAGCAGACCAAGACUCUGCGUACUUCAUCACAGCGAUGGUCGUGUCUGCUUUCCUGCAGACCUGCUUCCUGCUCAUCGUCUACGUCUUCGGUGGCAUGGCCAUCCAAAAAACUCUCUACGAGUUCAUAGUGAACAGCUUCUACGCUCUGAUGCUGAUGGUGGCAGCAAUUGUGAUGUUCACCGUCGCAAAAAUCGACGCCGGUGCGAUCGUAAGCGGGAUAUUUACCCUCCUAGCGACCGUGGCCUACGGAGCAGACAUUUAUUUCUCCUUGGUUAACAUGGGGGCACUGGCGAGGACUGAUACCCAGGGGGUAAACGCUCCCCCCAUGCCCGCUGGGGUUAACAGUCAACCUUUCACCCCUCCCCCAACUUACGUCCCUCCCCCAAGCUUGGUGGGGCCAGGUCCCUAUGUGGUCCCAAACCAGGAUAGGAAUAACGUCAACUCUGGGGAUCUUGGGACUACCAGAUCUUGAGAUGGGUCUACCAGAUCUACCAGAUCUUGGGAUUACCAGAUCUACCAGAUUUUGGGAAUACCAGAUCUACCAGAUCUUGGGAUUAUCAGAUCUACCAGAUCUUGUGUCUACCAGAUAUUGAGAUGGUCCUAAUAUAUAAUGAAAUGGUGCACUCAAAGAAAUUGUUGGAUUUUGUCCAAAUAGCGAUGUUUUUCGGCAUUAGUGUGAGUCAUCCCGGUUCAGGUUAGGAUAGAAUAAUAAAUAAGGUAUUAGUGCUACAUGAAGAAAAGCUAAUCACUAUUUGGGCAAAUGAUACGGUAAUUUUUCUGGGUGCGGAAUAUCCCUACCGAAAAUCACUGCUGGAUCUGGACUGGUCUUUCAAAUUCCGAUAUUUUAUCAUGAAUAAUUUUUGAAUAAUAUACACCGAUGUGACCUUCGGCAAAUUGUGCAAAGAUCCAGAAAACAUCAAAAUUUUUGGAAUUACUCGCAUUGUGCAGAAAAAUCACUCACUUAAUCGAUUAUUUUAUGUCCUCUACAUAUGGCGACUAAUUUUACAUUUACGAUGGGGAUUAAUUUUGGUAAUUGAUAAAAAUUUUGAAGCAGAAGCGGUAGUCAAAGGCACUAAUUACCUCAGGUAAAUAGCAUUGUAAAUAAGAGAAGCUAUUAGCAUGUCAGAUGGCCUUUAGACUUUCAAAUAAAACUCAGGACUUGAUUUUCGCCGGGUUUAUUAUCAAUAAAUAUUUUUAUAAUCAUUACUCAAUAAUAAUUUAUUUCAUUUAGCGUCAGUUCAUUAAAUAGUCGGUUAUUAAAUCAUAAUUCGAUUGAAAGCAUAAAUUUCUUUAUUCAUGCAAACUGUUGAGUAAACAUGAAUCAAGACUGUGCUUAUUCUACUUAAAAAUAAACAUAAUAUUACAUAAAUCAUACAAUAUUCUGGGGACUGGCUCACUGUCACUAGAUUUUAUUCGUACACGCACAAUUACUGUAGAGGUAUAACCGAACCUCCGGUAAUUUACCGGCAUAAUAUUGUUCACAAUAUAUCCAUUUUUUAUUAGAACUCUUUUAUUAAUCAGCAUAUUCGGACAGACCACAGGGAUUGUGGUCUGGGCUGCUGUCAGGGACUGAGGUCUGGGCUUGUCGUUAGGGAAUGAGGCCUGGGCUUGUCGUUAGGGAAUGAGGUCUGGUCUUGCUGUCAGGGUCUGAGGUCUGGACUUGCUGUUAGGGACUGAGGUCUGGACUUGCUGUCAGGGACUGAGGUCUGGGCUUGCUGUCAGGGACUGAGGUCUGGACUUGUCGUCAGGGACUGAGGUCUGGGCUUGCAGUCGGGGACUGAGGUCUGGACUUGCUGUCAGGGACUGAGGUCUGGACUUGCUGUCAGGGACUGAGGUCUGGACUUGCUGUCGGGAACUGAGGUCUGGACUUGCUGUCAGGGACUGAGGUCUGGGCUUGCUGUCGGGGACUGAGGUCUGGGCUUGCUGUCGGGGACUGAGGUCUGGGCUUGCUGUCAGGGACUGAGGUCUGGGCGUGUCACAGGAAGCUUUACUGAGGUUGAGCGUUCAGUUAUUUGUCCUACAACUUAUUUAAAAGUAGUUCUAAAUAUUGAAUCAAUUGUUCCAAUAAUAAUUAUGUGCUUAUUUUGAAAAGUAUUGCUCUCUCGAACUCCCAACGUUUUCAAAUAUUAUUCUUCAUGUUUCAAAUUAGUUUGCAA